GCUGAGGAGCUUCUCUGCACAUACCGUUAAACAGUCCUGGAGCGGGAGGCAUCGCUGCUUUUCCAAACAUGUCACCGUCCUCUCACCGCAGUCACGCCACGCACGCCUACCUUCACCUCCUGAGCUGUAUCACAGGUGUGUGGAGCAGUCAGGUGUUGGUACCGCAGAGGGUGAGCGCUGUGCUGGGGAAGAAUGUGACAUUGGAGUGUAGGGUGGAGGUGGGAACAAAUCUUACUCUCACUCAGAGUUCCUGGGAGCAUCGUCUACCAUCAGGCUCUGUCACGGUGGCUGUGUACAACCCACGCUAUGGCAUCUCCAUCCCUCCAGAGUUCGGUCAGCGCUUGUAUUUUCGUUCGCCUUCCUCUCAUGAUGCCACUAUCAUACUGGAAAAUGUUGGCUUUUCUGACGUCGGGAUCUAUACCUGUAAAGUUGCUACAUUUCCUCUGGGAAACACUCAGGCUUCCACUACUGUCAAUGUGCUUGUGGAGCCGAAGGUAUACGUCUCCGCAGGUUCAACUGCCCUGAUCGAUGAUGGCAAUGAAACGGUGGUGGCCACCUGUAUUGCAGAGCGGGCUCGCCCCCCUGCAGAGGUGUCCUGGGAGUCCAAUCUUUUCGGUCAGUCAGAAGUGCAGCUGUUUGAUGAGGUCAACGGGACCACUAGCACACAAGUGCGCUACCUGUGGCAGCCCACACGCCACAUCCAAGGUCACACGCUCACAUGUGUGGUCCGCCAUCCGGCUCUGCCAAGGGACUUCAGGAUCCCCUACCAGCUCAAUGUACAGUUCGCCCCUGACAUCUCAGUCGUGGGUUAUGAUGGAGAUUGGUAUGUGGGUCGGGAAAACGUUCAAAUGAUGUGCAAAGCUAACGCAAACCCACCAGCCCAUCACUUCAGAUGGAUUAGAUUGGACAGUGAAAUGCCAGAAGGGGUGGAAAUAAUAAAUAGCACUUUGCUCUUCCUGCGUCCCCUCCAGCGGAAUGACUCUGGAGUAUACAGGUGUGAGGUUGCCAAUGACAUCAACCUCCGCAGUCGGGAUGUGCGCAUUCUCAUACAAGAUCCUCCCACCAUGCCUUCCACCAUUACUGCUCCUGUCCUAGCUGGCACUGCCUCCUCCACCUUAGUGGAUGAUAAGGGCCAAGUCCUCCUCAGCUUCCCCACACUUGAAGCCCUGCCUGAGAGAAAUCUUGGUUCCAUAGUGGGUGGGGCUGUGGGUGGGGCCUUGUUCCUGCUGCUGUUGUUGUCUCUGGUGGGUGUGUAUUACCUCCGCAAACAGCAGACCUUCCACGGGAAUUACUACACCAAGCAGUACCUGGGUCCCAGUGACCUCCAGACCGCCCCCACGCAGCACGAGCUCCGCCCAACCAAGGCUGGCAGCAGCUCCAACCAUCGAGACCAAGACAGAGAGGAGUGGGGCGACUGCCAACUCAAACAUGAACGUGACCGCCAUCACCAUAGCAACUAUAACGGAGAGGUCUACCCCCCUAAUGGCUACACUAGAGCAAUGAGGGAGAGCAGUCAGCACAGUCGUCAGCAGAAUCACCAGAUUGAACACUCACAGUAUUCUAGUCCUCGAAAGGCCAAGUACCCUCAUUCACCCAAACUAGAGGGAAAGGGCUCCCCCUACCUGUCGGAUGACUGCUACGAUAGCGGGCCCGAUGGCGAAUAUGUGUCUCACACAGACGGCUCAGUCAUUUCACGCAGGGAGUGGUAUGUUUGACAAACCAGCCGCUUCUGCAGGAGCAGGUUUCAUUUGUGAAAAUUAGGGAACAUUAGGAUUCCUGUUCAUGCACACACACACUUCUGUAAUUCCCGUGUUUUGUAAGCGUCCUGGUUGACACUUGAUAUAUAUAAUGUUCUUCAUGGGGACAGACUGGACUGCACAGCCACUUUGACAGUCAGCAUCUACACGCCUACAGACGUGGGCAUGUCGUUUUUCUGUGUGUACAAAACAUGAUCAUGAUGGGGGUGUGGUUUCUGCCUUACCACAUGGACUGCCACUUCAGUUUGUUUCACUUAUAGAGUGAAAGCCUUGUGGCUACGAGAUCACAUGGUUGUGCCAUGUGAUCUCGUGACAAAAUCCGCCAUUUAAAGGCUAUGUGACACUUGUUUGUAUUUGUUUAUGUGUUCCCACUGAUACCGUAUAGUUUAGAAUAUGAUGAUAGAAUAUGUGGAUGUGAUUGGCUUGUAUCCAUGGAAAACUGAAAAGGACACAGCAGAGGCAUUAUUGUGAGAUUCAACGAGGAGGUCACAAACAGUCAUGCAAUUAUUGCACUGCCUUUUGCAUAACGUGCUGACGUGGCAACUAGAUCAUCGCUCAUCGAUCAUUUGUUGUCUACUAGAAUAUCUGUUCUUAAAGUGUAACUAAACCACCAGUGUAUGUGGGUAUCUUGUAAUGUUACUCACUGAUCCAGGUGCAAAUCUUCAGUUUAGUGUGCAGGGGUGUCAAACUCAAAUGACCUGGGGGCCAAUGAGUAUCUACUCUAGUGAAGACUGGGCCGGUUUAGAGGGAGCAAUAUGAGCUUUAGCUUCUGACACGAUAUUCCAUCAUGAUAUCACAAUAAAGAUAUUCAUGAUGAUAUUUUCACAGAAUUUCAAAGUAAAGGUGUUUGUUUUGACAUGGAAUGAUGCAAACUUAAUAUAUAUGAUGCAAAAUAAAUCUAUUAAUUUCAAAAAACAGACAUUCAAUCCAAAAUGAAGUAAAUAACAACUCUAAUUAAAAACAGUAAUCAAGCUUAAAUAUAUUUUACAUACAUUUUUUAAUGUGAUAAUUACAACUGAACGUCUUGUUAUUAAUGUAAUAAUAUUGCUAGAAACUAUAUGAGUAUUAUAAUCGCUCGCAGCUAUGACUGAGCCACAUGUGCGGUGUUUAAAGGAAGAGGAAGUUGCGAGUCAUGUUUUCAUUAUAUCAUUGACACAUCUGGGUAAAUUAUUCAAAUUAUACAUGUUUUAAAAUCAGCGCACUGCCUCUCUCUGGUCAAACACCAGCUACUGCAUUCCAAAUUCCUCUGUAGCUGUUUUAGUCCGCUCUUUCAUCACUUUCUUGUCUCGUCAGUGUGAGGCUCAUCGUCCCAGACCCCUCCCCCUUUUUCUCUGUGCCAUGUGAUGCACGGUGUGAACAGCACAUGGUUUGACAGUUGUAACUCAGUAUCAGAUUUCACUACCACCGCCAGACCACACCCACUCACUGCUCCCCACUGUCCCUCCCUCCUCCUCUCCCUCGCUCAGCUCACUUCUUGGCUUUUUCAAAUCAGGAAUUGGGCGACGUUAGCGGAGAAAGAGAGGAUUUGGUUGUGCUUUAGUGUAAUGUAUCAUGAGGACUUCACCACUGAUGUAAUUAAAUUCAUUAAAACUGGACAUUUGAGUGGAAGCAUUAAGAGCUUUCCUCUCUUUGUCCUCACCUCUAUUUAUCCCCAGGGUAAAUAGGAUGGGGAGAGAGAGAGGGGGAUGGAUGGAGAGAGGCCAAACAGGGAGACCAUGUGUGAUGACAGCAAUUUUACACUUUCUUGGUCCUUUUCAGUUAAGCCACAAACAAAUCUUGUUAUUUAUCACAUGACCUGUUGGAGAAAUUGCUCUCCAGCGCUAAACAAGGCUUCUUGUAAAUUCAGGAGUCCUGUCAGCAGGGACUUUGUUCAGAGCAGGCUACAGUAGUGCAGCCACCGUGCCGUGCGUGCGUGCGUGCGUGCGUGGCCUCCUGCUCACAAAGUAUUCCGUCACACAAUGAAAUCAUUCAGGGGCGCAGCCACAACAUUCCCUAUAACUCCCCAUGGUCAAACGUCACUACUCUGUAUAAUCUGUAGGAGCAAGAAACUGUUGCAAUUGGAGGAAUUAAUCAGAUUAUUGUGGCUUGUCCAUGAGUGCAGCUACAUAUUAAUCGUACUUACUGAAGCAUUACAAUCAGACAAAUCUGGACUCUCAUGUUUUGUCUCAGUCACCUGUGGUCAUGAAAAUGUCCACUCAGCUUUUUAUCCCUCUGCACAUUGCUUAUUCAUCACAAGGCAAGGACAGUAUUUUGUUGCAGUGAUGAUCAAAUCAUUUUUGUUUCUCCAAAAAAAACGAUAUCCUGUUUUGUUUUCAUGGUGGAUUAACAUUUAUUUAAAUCUGUAUUUCCUGUAACUAGAUAAACUGGACUUUGAUUGAGCUCAGGUGGAGGUGUUUUAUACCUUUAUACCCGUAUUUGUCAGGAGUUUGGAUUUAAAGAUACAUUUCAGGGUGUGUUUUUUUUUGCUGGUUUAUUUUUAUUUUUUUUUGCACAUGAGUAAAUUCACAAAUAAAAUUGAAAUGUUUUUCAA